CCCUGACAGGCCGGUUUAUACCGCCGACCCUGGUAUCCAGUUUCAGUGAAUGUGUAUUCCUAGACCUGGUACAACGUGUUAUUCCUUGCAGGCCACAUUACAACCUCAUCAAUAAAUCAUGAGCUGGUUCUCCCUCGUUACCAAGGGGAAGUUAGAAGGCGCGGAAGAGGAGGCAAGAGCAGAGUCCAGGCGAGCUAACCAGGAAAGGAAAGCUGCUGUUGAAGCAAGGGAAGAAGCAGAAAGGGAAACAGUAAGAAAACUUGAGGCGCUGAAAAUCGCAGAGAAACAGAGGGAAAGAGCAGAAACAGCAGAACAAGAAAGGCAACUCCUGCAGAGCGAGAAAGACGAAAAGAAAAGGAGAGAUGAAAACUUAAUGCAGUUUUCAUGGGGACCAAAGAACAAGGCAGCAGGCCAGUGGACAACACAGGAGUUUGAACAACUCCAAAAGAAAUUCUUUAAACACUUGAAAGACCCGGGAGGGAACCUGAUACGUGCGAAGAUCCUGAUAUUUGGUCCUACCGGUGCUGGAAAGUCCUCCUUCUGCAAUGGCUUGAGAUCAGCACUGAAGGAUACUGACACACCUUCCAACUACUACGCCGUUGGUAAUAUCGGCACCACACUUACUAGCAGAUUCCAGUCUGCACGAUACGGAGAUCACUGGAUUAUUGACAUGCCAGGAAUAUUUGAAUCCAGUGAUUUCAAAACGGAGAAUAUUGAAGCUAUUGCAUCCGGCAAGGUUCGCUUUGAUGCCCUGAUAACUAAAACUCUGGAGGUGGAAGACGGCCAAUCUCAACAAAAGGCGCGAAGGGAUGUGUCAUGUGUUGUUCUGGUACUCCAUCAUAACAUCGAUCUGGGAGAAGAAUUGAAACGUCAGCUUAAUGUCAUCAUACAAUUAGGAGGAAAGGGUGUCCUGUCCUACUACCUGGUGCUGACUCACCUGGAUGAGUGUGACCCGCAGUUCAAGGAUCCAGAUAAUCUCCCCAACCUGUACAGUUCACCUCUAGUACAGGAAGCUGUGGAGAACAUGGCAGACCAAACUGGCAUUCCAGCAUACGCCAUCAGUUACGUCAAGAAUUAUGUGACGGAAACAGAAACAGACACCAAGACCAAGCUGCUUCACUUGAAAGCUCUUGACAGAAUCCUCAACUAUGCAGCUGACCAAGUGGAGAAGAUAAUAGAUUCAAAACUUCAGUCGAGCAUGUAUGAUGAUGCCCCUGACGCCUAGGAGAGGAAGCUGCAUCUGCCGGCUGAGAUAUGUUCGUCCGCUGUGGUAUAUAUGUCUGCCCAGCGUAUGUUCUGUUAUGACAUCAUGGUGUCUUGAAAUAUUAAAUAAAAACGAAUACGUGCAUGGUAUUAUCAGAAGAUAAAGGAAACAACAUAUAGAUUUUUUCAGUCUUUAAACUCCACAAGACAGUUGUGAAAACAAAACUUCGACCAAACACAUAUAAUUACGAAAGGAUGUGAUGUUUGUGGCAAAACAUUCUAAACUCUGGAGUACAUCAAAUGUAAAUAGAUAAACAGUUUGUAACGCUACAGAACUACUAUGCGUUGGAAAAUAAAUCACCAGUUUGACCGGUCAGGCAUUUUAAGUCAUAAUCAACAACACUUUGACAACCAGUAGAUAGUCUAAUCUGAUGAGAGUAAUAUUUGUAGGUUGUGACGUCUUGUGAUGAUUUGUAGUUCUGCUUCAGUCAAUGUUCUCGUGAUGCGUAUGAAAUAGAUAUGCACCAUUUAGAUUAUUUACGCUCUCUGCAACAUAUUCUCAUGAUAUGCUUUUACACCUUAUUCAUUAUGGCCAAAUUUCUUAAGACAUCGGACCGAGCGAAAGCAGUUUCAGAAGAAUGGAGAUACCCUGUCCGAUGUCACAUGCGUUUUCGUCUCCGCAUCAUUACACCUGUCGGGGUAUAUAGUAUAUGGAUUCUUUUCCGUUAGGGUUCAAGUUUCCAUACUAAUAGGAGAGGUGCAGUGCAAAGUUUGAUUUUAAUAUUUUGAUUUUCUGAAACAUCCUAGCUAUUUUUCGUGUUUUUUUUAACUUAGAAUUUAUUUCUAUACCAAUUGGAGAACUGUAGUGAAAGUUUGGUUUCGAUAAGUGGAUUUUCUACGAAAAUGUUUUGUACUUUGAAACAUGUUGGAGUCGAAGUCGGGGGUACAAGUGAGCCCUGCACACCUUUUGCCUUGAUCCGUAUGGUAGCAACGAAUGAUGUAAAAUGUGUUCAUGUAUUAAUGUUUUAUGUAUUACUGUUUAAUGUGAACCUGUUCAUAAAGGAUGAGUGCAUUCAUGAGUGUAUUCCAAAAGUCUUCUUUCUCCAUAAAAGAGGGUAAUAAGUGAUUAUUACUUAUGUACAUACAAUUUCACUCCAUGAAUGAGUAGUAACGUGGGCUGUUUACAAGACAGCGAGAAAUAACCAUGGUCCAUGAUCACAUGCUGUUGUGUCAUGACAACUGGUGGCUACGAUCUUUCUUGUAACUAACGGGAUUUUGUAUUAGAAGACUAGAAGUGUUAACGCAAGUAUUAAACAUGUUUUGAGCAUUUGUUAUAAGGAUGGUGUCAACGUGAACUGUUUGUGCUUCUAUGCUCAUCGAUGUGUGUAUGAUUUUAAGUAAAGCUUUCUUGUUAUAAUCACAUUAUGUAAUGCUGCUGUUAGUCGUGUGGGCUUGUUGUAUACUUGUUCUUUCAAUAAAUACCAUUAGAAAAAUG